AUGUGCAGGAUUCCUAACACCUGGAGCACAUGCAGUCCCCUUCCUUUUCUUCACAAGUAUUACCAGCCAGGAGACCUCAUCGUUGCUGGUAUUAUGUCUCAGAUCUCCAUAUUAUUCAACCCAAUAGAUUUCGAUAAAUGUCCUUCUAAUGACCUCAUCGAUGACAUUUUCCAUUUCAGUCAAAGCUGGACCUAUCGUGCUGCCUUGGAACUCCUCUCUACGUACAGCAGAUUCAUCCCCAACUACAAGUGUGACACCCAGAAUUAUCUAGCAGCAGUCAUUGGAGGCCCGAACUCUGAGGUUUGUCUUCAUAUGGCAAAUAUACUGAGCAACUACAAGAUUCCACAGCUCGUAUAUGGUCCUACUCCAAUGAGAAAUAUUAAAACUGAAGUCGCUUUCUAUAACCAAAUGUUCCCAAAUAUAGACCAUCAAUAUGAAGGGAUUCUCAUGUUAAUGCUACAUUUCAGAUGGCUAUGGACUGGUGUAUUGAUUGCGGAUAAUGAGAAUGGAGAGAGGUUUCUACAGAGUGUGGUUCCAAAAUUUAUUCUGAGAGGAAUCUGCUUUGAUUUCAUAGGAAGAUUUCCAUCCAUUUCUUAUUCUAGUGGUAUUGCGGACUUGGUUGCAGAUGGGCUCAAGACAUUUAAUGUUGCCAUGAGAAGUACUGCUAAUGUGUUGAUCAUUCAUGGGGAAAUUGAUUCCAUGACACUUUUGAGAAUGUUUCCUGGUAUGUCAGAAUAUGAAGAUAUACCAAUAAAGGCUACAGGUAAAGUUUGGGUCAUGACGGUUCAGAUGGAUUUCACAUCACUUCCCUUUCAGAGAGAUCAGGACAUAGACUUCCUCCAUGGUUCUCUAUCCUUCACCAUUCACUCAAAGGAGGUCUUGGGAUUCAAGGAAUUUGUUCAGAUGAGAAAUCCCAUUUUGGAAAAAGAAGAUGGCUUUAUGAGGAUAUACUGGGAAAAGGCAUUUCAGUGUCAUUUCGUUGACUCUGAGGAAAAUAUGCAGGAUGGAGAUAUUUGCACCGGGGAGGAGAAGCUGGAGGCUCUUCCUGGCUCUAUUUUUGAAACAAGCAUGACUGGCCACAGCUAUAGCAUCUACAAUGCAGUCAAUGCUGUGGCACAUGCCGUGCAUGCCAUCCAUUCAUCUAAAUUCAAGCGCAGGGUGGAUGAAGGGUGGCUGAAGCUUUGGAUUCAACAGAUGUGGAAGCUCAACAGCUUGGUGAGAAAUAGGUUCUUUAAUAAUAGUGCUGGGGAAAAAGUUUAUUUCAACCAACAUGGAGAACUAGAGGCUGCAUUUGAUAUAAUAAACUGGGUGACAUUCCCAAACCAGUCCAUUCUUAGAGUGAGAGUUGGAGGAGUAGACCCACGGGACCCCCUGGGCAAAGAGUUCACCAUUCAUGAGGAUGCCAUUGUGUGGCCCAGCAGGUUUAACCAGGCACUACCCAUUUCUCUUUGCAAUGACCAUUGCCAUUUGGGUUACAGUAGAACCAAGAAGGAAGGGAAGCCAUUUUGCUGUUACGAUUGCCUUCCCUGUCCAGAAGGGAAGUUCUCAAACCAGGAGGACAUGGAUGACUGUUUGCAAUGUCCAGAAGAUCAGUAUCCAAACAAUGCCCGUAAUUCAUGCAUUCCAAAAUUAAUAAUCUUCCUCACUUUUGAUGAACCUUUGGGAAUCUCUUUGGCAGUAUUGGCUCUUUCCUUUUCAUUCAUUGCAGCUUCAGUGCUUGGCAUCUUCGUUAAGCUUAAGGACACUCCCAUUGUCAAGGCCAACAACCGGAAUCUCACCUACACUCUUCUCAUUUUCCUUCUGCUCUCCUUCCUUUGUGCUUUGCUGUUCAUUGGCCAACCCAAAAAGCUGACGUGUCAUCUUCGACAAACUGCUUUCGGCAUUAUCUUCUCAGGAGCGAUAUCUUGUGUUCUGGCCAAAACCACCAUUGUAGUUCUAGCUUUCAUGGCCACCAUGCCUGGAUCCAGGAUGAGGAAAUGGUUGGGGAGCAGACUGGCUGCUUCCAUUGUUCUUUCCUGCUCCCUGAUUCAAGCCGCUAUUUGUACUGUGUGGCUCUCAACCUCUCCCCCGUUCCCAGAUUUCAACAUGCACUCAGUUAUGAAAGAAAUUGUUCAAGAAUGUAACGAGGGCUCAGUCACCAUGUUUUACUGUGUUUUGAGCUACAUGGGCUUCCUGGCCACUGUCAGCUUCACUGUGGCUUUCCUAGCCCGCAAGUUGCCUGAUACUUUCAAUGAAGCCACGUUUAUCACCUUCAGCAUGUUGGUCUUUUGCAGCGUUUGGCUGACCUUUGUCCCAACCUACCUGAGCACCAAGGGUAAAUAUAUGGUUGCUGUGGAGAUUUUCUCCAUCUUGGCCUCCAGUGCUGGGUUACUGGGCUGUAUCUUUUCACCAAAGCUCUACAUCAUUGUGUUCAGACCUGAGUUGAACAACAAGGAACAGCUAAGAAGAAGAAACAAUGAAAUAUUCUAA